UCUUAGGAGUUGUGGCCAUUAAUCCUUUCACAAAACAGUGCAGUUAAAAGAAGCAGUUUAGAGGUCUAGACUUGCAACCUCCAGCUAAGAAUAGAGCCUGACAAACUAUUCAAGAAGAAAUCUUUUGUUUGGCAUCAAGGUUCUACUUCUAGGAUAAAUACUGGGACACAGGCAAGUCACGGCAAAGACCUUCACUUCCAGUGAUCUCUACGACUGUGAGGAAGGAUUGAAUGAUGUGGCUUCCAGCAUUUGGAAUUACAUCUCAAUAGACAGAAGACGAAAGACUGAAGAUCAAACAUCUAAUCAUAAAUCCAUAUUAACCUAUGUGAUCUGAAUUACUUUGCAAAAAAAUGGGUCUGAAUGUACCUGGGUUGGUAGGUUUGAGUGUGUUUUAUGCCAUAACUUUAGCCACUGGAAUCUGGGCUUCUUUGAGAAGCAAAAGAGAUAAGAAAAAUAGGAGCACAAGUGAAAUGGCCAUGGUGGGAGACAGGAACAUGAAUUUUUUGCUUGGAUUGUUCACUGCAACUGCCACCUGGGUUGGUGGAGCGUAUAUCAAUGGUACAGCUGAAAUUGUCUAUCUACCCACAAGAGGACUAUUGUGGGUCCAGGCACCUGUAGGAUUUGCUUUGUCCCUUGUUAUUGGUGGUCUCUUCUUUGUAAAGCCAAUGAGAUCCAGAAAUUAUGUGACAAUGAUGGACCCUCUCCAAGAAACAUAUGGGAACAUGAUUGGCAGCCUUCUCUUUAUUCCAUCAUUGAUAGGAGAUAUAUUCUGGUUUGCAGCUAUUCUUGCUUCCUUAGGAGCAACAAUGCAAGUCAUUCUGGGCAUCAGAAGCUAUCUGUCUAUCAUUAUUUCAGCAUCUGCUGUUAUACUCUAUACUUUACUGGGAGGCCUAUACUCAGUUGCAUACACAGAUGUGGUACAGCUGCUUUUUCUUAUGCUCAGUUUGUGGAUCUGCAUCCCAUUUGCCCUGAUACAUUCUGCAACAGAAAGCAUUUCUUAUACUGCUACUCAUUACUUCUACCAAGCCCCUUGGAUAGGAAAAAUAGAGAAAGAGUAUCUUGGAAGGUGGCUGGAUGACUUCUUAUAUCUGGUUCUUGGAAGUAUCCCAUUUCAAACUUAUUUCCAGCGAAUUCUCUCAGCCGCCUCACCAAGACAAGCAAGUUUCAUUUCCUAUCUCUCUGGGCUGGGAUGCCUUUUAAUGGCCAUCCCCUCCGUGCUCAUAGGGGCAGUAGCAGCAUCAACAGACUGGAAUCAGACAAGCUACGGUCUUCCAAGCCCAUUAGAGAAAGGAGAAUCAGCCAUGAUACUGCCAUUUGUUCUGCACUAUCUCUGUCCGUCAUACAUUUCCAUUGGUGGCUUGGGAGCUAUUGCUGCUGCUGUCAUGUCUUCUGCAGAUUCAGCCCUUCUGUCUGUUGGCUCUUUAUUUGCUCACAACAUCUACAGAAAAAUUCUUAGGAAAAAGGCUACAGAGAAAGAUGUUUUAUGGACAAUGAGAGCCUCCAUGCUGGUGUUUGGGACAGCAGCUGCUGGCCUGGCUUUUUACUCCCAUUCUAUUUAUGACCUGUGGUUCCUGUCUGGUGAGCUAGUGUAUGCCCUCCUCUUUCCUCAGCUGUGCUGUGUGCUCUUCAUACCUCACACCAACACAUACGGCUCAGCAGCUGGGAUCCUCUUAGGGUUCCUCCUGAGGCUGUUGGCAGGGGAGCCAUCCCUGAAAAUCCCUCCUGUUAUCCAAUACCCAGGCUGCUGCCUUGUGGAUGGGGUCUACGUUCAGCUGUUCCCUUUUAAAACAUUCACCAUGCUGUUCACUUUGGGGAUCAUAGUCUCUGUUUCCUACCUGUCAGCAUUUUUGUUUAAGAGAAACCUCCUCUCUCGCAGAUGGGAUGUUUGCAACAUUAUGAAAGAAAACAGUUUACACAUCCCUCUGCACCAGCUGGAAAAGCAGGACUUGCAAGGGACUGCAUUGCCAGAGAAUCAUGAUUAAAUGCAGAGCAUCAGCUGAAAGGCAAUUGAGCAAACUGCAGUUUUGUUACCAGGUCAAUGAUGUUUCUUCUUUAUUCUUCCCUAUCUAGCAGUGAAUUGUUCAAAGCCCACAGUAGAGUCAUAAAGAUAGUCAGCACUCCAUUAACACCACAAGGAUGAAGGAAGUCAGAGUUUGCAAUACUGAAAGGUGCGCAGUGAUGCAAAUGGCUGUGUGGUGAUUAGUAUGAAAUAUUAUAAAAUAAAACUUGCUCCUGCUUGGUUUUGGUACAACAGUCUUUGCAAAAUGCAACUGUGGUGAGCAGUUAAAGGCCAUUUCCUAACAGAGAUAAAAUUCAUAUGUUACACCUCCGUAUCU